GGAAUCGAAAAUGCCGGCGGUAAGGUGGGCCGAGACCACCUGGACGGGUCUCCAAUUACCGCCGGCGAUUUGGACUCGUAAAUGCCGGGGAUAAUAUAAUUACUACUGGCGAGAUGGAUUUGCAAGUGCCGGGGGUAACUUACUCUAUUGUGGGUCAAUUUGGGCCAAAAUUACCGCUGGCGUCCUCGUUUCAUUUUCGCCGGCCGUCGAGAGGCCCCCGCGAGCGAGCGACCAACACGGUGCCGGCCCAACCCUCCCCACAUCCCCAUUCCUCCUCACGCUAUCCCCUCCUCUCCCCCUCCCCACCAAGCGGUGCCGCCGCCACCUCGCGCAGCGGUGCGUCUCCGGCGAUCUCGGGCCAUGGCGAUCUCGGGCCAUGGCCACCCCCAGAUGCCGGCCACGGCGACCGGCGGCGCGCGGGCGGAGGAGGCAGCAGCAGCAGCAGCCGCGCCCUCGGGGUCCUCCUCAGCGCCCUCCUCCUGCAUGGGGACCAGGCCGGGAGGAGCUCGCCGCGAGGCUGGCGGCCGGGGGCGGGGGCCCCGGCGUCGUCGCAGCCGGCGAGGGAUUGGAGGGGGGAGCAGGGGCGGGUGCUCGCGCUGCGCGAGAUCAAGAACCAGAUCAUCGGGAACCGGACCAAGAAGCUCCUCUACCUCCGCCUCGGCGCCGUGCCAGCGGUCGUCGCCGCGCUGGCCCAGCCCGCCGCGUCGCCGGCCGCGCCGUGCAGGCGGCGGCCGCUGCAGGGAGCUUCGCGUGCGGCGUGGACGAUGGCGCGCGCGCCGUGCUUGCUGCUGGCGCGGUGGGGCACCUCACGCGGCUCCUCGCCCACGCCGACGACAAGGCUGCAUACUACCUCAACGUGAUGGAUUGCUGGUCCUUAGCCAUACUUCCUCGUCUACUUCCCUGAGCGCGCGCGUCUUCGAGAUGAACAAAAUCAAGGCGGCGGUGGCGGCUGGCUCCAUGGUCAAGCUGGCGCUGGCGGGCGGCACGCUCUGGUUCGGCGCCUCGAAGACGCUCUACAACGUCGAGGGAGGCCACCGGGCCAUCGUCUUCAACCGCUUCGAGGGGAUCAAGGACAAGGUCUACCCCGAGAGAACUUAGCGGCGCGACCAGGAGGCGACCUUGGCGUCACCGGUGGCAGCAGUGACAGCGCCUCCGAAACUCCAUCGUCCCUCGCCCAUUACAGAAUCCUCUCGCCGGUCCAAGUGGGGUGCCAUGGCUUCUGGUUUCCGGACGGCGAGAAACAUGUGGUGAAGUUACACGGCUGUAUCACCAUUGCUGUAGAGAUCUAGCCUAGUUGUUCAUGUUUGGCGGUUUUUAUGUUUUGAAGUGGCUGAGACCACAGUGGUCCUUGUUAUUAGAGGUCAUGUGCUAAGACUUGGAUCCUAGUUUUUUUCUGUGCUAUUCUUGAACAUGUCUUGUGAUCUGCUACUGAAGUUUGGUGGAAUUUUGUGGAUGUUGCACUACUAGAGGAUUAACAUCAUCUCA